AUGAACAUUACAAGGGUGAAGUUGGAGAACAUCGGUUCGCUCAUCUCCGCCUACUCGCUCACUGGCGAUGAGAUGUUCAAGCAGAGGGCGAAACAGGUGGCCGACUACUUACAUGGACAGUACAAUGCCACUGCCCUAAAGGCGGCCAAAGAGGCCAGCGGCUUCCACAAGGUGAGUCGCCUGUCCGAGUUUCUACGACAGCGACUUGGCUUUCGCUACCUGGGCGACAUCACCGAAAGUCCGGAGAGGUACUGGCAGCCCAUUCAAGCAAUUGACGAGUACUUUCGCUUUGGAAACGGGCAGAUAGUUAACUACUCACGUUCAACUUGGCUCAUGCUGGACGUGCGCGCCUACACUCAGCUGGACCGCUCCGACGGCGAGGGCCUACGCCUGUACAAUGAGACGCUGGAAAAUAUGAAAGCGGACGGGAAGAUUGUCACCUCCAAGUCAAAUCUGACCUUCAUCCUGGACGCCCCGGGGAAGAUGAACCAAAUUAGCUGUGGCUUUGGCGCCUUUCUCUCCUAUGGGGCGGCAGCCAUGGAGAAGGUGGUGAAGUCGCUGGAGGCGACCGGCGGCAAUGCCAGCGCCUGGAAAGCGCAAAUCGCCUCCCACCGCCGUCUGGCCCGGCAGAUCACCGAAACGUGUCACCUGGCGACCAAUAGCAGCCGCCUCGGCCUGACCACCUCCGUCUUCCUCAUCAACUCGACGGCGACGAAGCCCUCGGCGAUGCUCACCGGCGACGGCAACCACUUUCUCAUGCCGAACAUUCUCGAGAGCUACUUUGUCCUGUACCGCUUCACCGGCGACCAGCGCUACCGGGACUACGCCUGGGAGCUGGCGCAGGCCAUCUACAAGCACUGUCGCAACGACAACGGCGGCUACUCGCAGAUCUACCGCGUCAACGACGAGACGAUCAUCAAGCGAGACUACCAGCCCAGCUACUUCAUCGGCGCCACCCUCGAGUACCUCUACCUGAUCUUCUCCAGCGACCAGCUGCUCCCACUCGAUGAGUGGGUCUUCAACGUGGCCGGCAACCCGCUGCCCAUCGAGGGCAGGAACCGCGCCUGGAAGAGGUGUCGCUAG